AUGGACGCCAUCACCGUGGCCUCAGCCAACUGCCGCUGCAGCCGCGUCGUCUACGUGGGCAACAUCGCCUUCCACGCCGCCGAGAAGGAUGUCCUGGACGCCUGCGAGCUCAUCGGCCCCGUCCUCUCCUUCCGCCUCGCCGCCGACGGGGCCACGGGGAAGCGCAAGGGCUACGCUUUCGUCGAGUACGCCGACGACGCCACGGCGCAGAGCGCGUGCCGCAACCUCCACGGCCACCUCCUGCGCGGCCGCGAGCUGCGGGUCGGCCUCGCCGCCAGGGCCGGCGCGCGCAAGCAUCGCCGGGCGGGCGACGACCACGAGCCCGUCGGCCUGGAGGACGCCAUCCACGCCGCGUCCCUCGUCGUCUCCGGCUCCGGGCGCCCCCCCGCCGCCUCCGUCACGCGCUUCCUGGCGGCCGCGUCCAGGCACCAGCUGCGGGAGGCGGCGGCCGCGUUCGAGAGCCAGGGCCCCGAGGCGUGCGAGGUUCUCAAGGAGCAGAUCCCCGGGCUUGCCGCGGCGAUGGAGCAGGUCCGGCAUCUUCUCGACAUGGCGGCCGCGGAUGAUGCCGCUGAGGAGGCAAGGAAGAAGCGGCGCGCGGAUUCCGGCGUCCCGGCGGCUGCCGAAGGGGCCGAUCACCGCGUGAAGCUCAGGAAGGUGGAAGAUGGUGCUGCCGUUCCCGCUGGAGUUUCCUGCUUCUGA